GGCCAAAACAGUGUGCUUUGCUCCCAGUUCUAAAACAAUGGCAGUGCAUGAGAGGGUUAUAGUGCUGCUUCUCCUUUUAGGUUGCAGCUGUGAAGCUCAACUGAAUUCUAGGUUUGCUGUGAAGACCCCUCAGGUGUCAGCUGGUUAUCAGAGUGGAUUAGGUGCUUCUCAAGUGGUGGCAGCCAGUUAUCAGGUUGGCGCAGGUGGUCCCAAGGUGGCUUCAACCGGCUUCCAGGUUGGCGUAGGGGUUCCCCAGGUGGCUUCGACCGGCUUCCAGGUUGGCGUAGGUGCUCCCCAGGUGGCUUCGACCGGCUUCCAGGUUGGCGUAGGUGCUCCCCAGGUGGCUUCGACCGGCUAUCAGGUUGGCGUAGGUGCUCCCCAGGUGGCUUCGACCGGCUAUCAGGUUGGCGUAGGGGCUCCCCAGGUGGCUUCGACCGGCUAUCAGGUUGGCGUAGGGGCUCCCCAGGUGGCUUCGACCGGCUAUCUGGGCAAGCAAGUGGCUCCUGCUCUGGUUAAAUCUGUGACUGGAAUGCAAGUGAACCCUGACAGUGUGAGGGUUGUGUGUGGGGAGGAUUCAGUUAUGGUGGAUGUGCAACAAGACCUUCUAGCUAUUGGCCAGCUGAUCAAUCCAUCAGACAUCACCUUUGGUGGCUGUGCACCCACUGGGCAGGAUGCUUCUGGCACAGUGAGGUUUCAAUCUGCACUGCAGGCCUGUGGAAGUACAAUGAUGAUGACUGCUGAUGCCCUGGUCUAUAGCUUUGCAUUGAUCUACACACCCAGAGGUAUUAAUGGCAGCCCCAUUGUGAGGACCAAUGGUGCUGUGGUUAGCAUUGAGUGUCACUACUUGAGGAAACAGAAUGUGAGCAGCAAUGCCCUGGUGCCAACCUGGAUCCCUUACUAUGCCACAAUGGCAGCAGAAGCACAGCUGAAUUUCUCAUUGAGGCUGAUGGAUGAUGCAUGGCAGAAUGAGAGGGCCUCCAAUGUGUACUUCCUGGGAAAUGUCCUGAACAUUGAAGCCUCUGUCCUUGUGGGCAACAGUCAGCCCCUGCGUGUCUUUGUGGACAGCUGUGUGGCCACCUUGGUCCCUGAUGUGUCCUCUGUCCCUAGCUAUGCCUUUGUGCAGAACUCUGGGUGCCUGACUGAUGCCAAGGUGACAGGAUCCCGCUCCCAGUUCCUGCCCAGAAAGCAGGAUGACAAGCUGCAGCUUCAGCUGGAUGCUUUCAGGUUCUCUCAAGAUGGCAGGAGCUCAAUGUUCAUUACUUGCAGCCUGAGAGCAACAGUGGCUUCUGUGCCUGUGGACUCCCAACACAAGGCUUGUUCCUUCUCCCUUGCUGCUAACAGGUGGAUGUCUGUAGAUGGGAAUGACCAGGUGUGUGGCUGCUGUGACACCAGCUGUGGGCUUGCAGGUGUAGCAGGUGCUCAAGGCACAGGUGUUCUGGGCCCCAUUACUAUCCAACAGGGUCCUCCCAUGGGUAGUCAGCCUGGACAGCUGUAUAUGCUGAAGGGAUAGGUACCUACUACCCUAAUGUGCCAAGCUGUGCAUGGUACCAGGAUGGAAGGAGCCAAUUAACUUGCCUGCCAUGAUCUGUGCUGCUUCCCUCUGUGGCAGCUGUGCUGGAGACUAUGGGCACUGUCUCGUGACUGAAUAAAGCACUAGUAUUUGAAAUGGU